AUGGUCUUAUUAGUUUUAACUGAACGUAUUCGACACGCGAUAUACCAAGCUUUACAAUCCCCUGAAUUUGAUGAAUCUGCAAAGCAGAGACUUAGGUCCUACCUUAAGUCUAGUGCAUGCAUUCCUCUUGAUCUCAUUAAAGAGGUUUCAAAAUUCUUGGUUAAUCGCGAUGGAAAUCUUGGAAAGGAAAUUGGUGAGCUUGGUUUCUCAAGCUAUUGGCUACAUGAAUUGCUCACUGGUAGUGGUGUUUAUAUGGAACCUCGACAAGAUAGAGUCAAGAGUCCUGAAUUACUUGCUCGACUGGAAAAAAUUCUUGCUGAACAAGCUAAUAAAGAAUAUGCUCGUAUGAUUGGACGUGUUGCUUCUUCUUAUGAUGUGGAAACUUUCAAGCUUCUUGAUACUGAAGAGUUCCAAAGUAUUCGUGGUCAACUCACCGCUAUAAUUAAUAUUACUUUUACCGUCGUUGCUGUAUUUGCCGCCGUGUAUCACGUUGCGCAAACAAUUACUGGUGAUACGGGAAUGCGUGUGUUACUUGCACUCACCGGAAGCGUUAUCGUUGGUGUUGCUGAAACUUUCUUGUACAUGCGUUAUCUUGCUGGCUUCGAUAAAAAUGAUCCUAAAGAACAACGUAAACAACGUCGAAGAUCAUCUGCUGCACACAGAAUUAUACUUUAG